UUUGAGUUCAAAUUUCCGAAGCAUCGGAAGCCAAGGAACGAAGAAAUGGCGGGCUAACCGAAUCGAGCUUUAGAAGCCCUCUCCAUCCCGCCCCCCCAAAUCGAAAACAAAGAUUCUUCCUCCCCACGAAUUCCCCUUCGAAUCGAACGCCUCAAAUCCUAGCAUCCGUCCCUCCUCCAAUUCCUCCCUCUUCCCUUUUUUCUUCCCCUCCACGGCUCGCUCCGAUGGAGAACAAGCGGCCCGUCCGCUGCAGCGAGAACGAGGAGAUCGCGCUGUACCUAUGGGGAAAGCGGCAGGAGAUGGCCGAGGGGAAUGGGAUAUCGGAAAACCUCGACUUGACGCUCUCCAACGCGUAUCGCAACAUCUGCGGCGCCAAAACCCCGAUCAAAUCCCUAAAGGACCUAUCUCAGAUCAAGGGUGUGGGGAAGUGGAUUCUGAGGCUCAUGCAAGGGUUUUUCCCCACGGAUGACUCUGAUGCAUCCGGGACUAAAAAUGUUGCACAAAAGGGAAAGAAAGACAAAGGGCACAAACGUUAUGUACCUCAGAAGAAUUCUAUAGCGUAUGCCUUAUUGAUUACUCUUUACAGGGCAAUGGCGAGUGGGAGUAGUUAUAUGAAAAAGCAGGAACUCAUUGAUGCUGCUGAAGCAAGUGGGUUGUCUCGAACCGCAAUCGCGCCAGAUAAGGGAAAAGGGAAACCUGGGCAAUUUGGGUGUUCACCAAGGGACUGGUAUACUGGAUGGAGUUGCAUGAAGACCUUGAUAUCAAAAGGAUUGGUUGUGAAAUCUAGCUGCCCAGCAAAGUACAUGGUAACUCAAGAAGGGCAAGAAACUGCACGCGAGUGCCUCUUGCGAUCUGGAUUAGCUGAUCCUUCUGAACCCUUGACUCUGACUUCUGGAUCCCACAUUUCCCUUAUUGGAGAGAGUUUGUCACAGCAAGAGUUCGGUGGAGCUGCUUCUGCUCAUGAAUUAAUGUCACAUUCAGCAGAUUUGGGCUGUCAAUUGGAAUUAAACAAUAUUCCAAGUAAGGUUGCAGACAGGAACUUCCAAAGUGUUCAAAUUGAUUCUUCGGAUUCUGAGUCUUCCGAACUUGCUGAGAAGGCUUGUUUUCCAACACUGACUGCCUGCACGUCUAAAGUAUGUGAUGCAGAGAAUAGGACAAAAUCUAGUUCCAGUGGCAUGCCCAUUUGCGCACUUCCAUUUUCUGCAGAGUCAGCUCCGGACUCGUUCCAUCUGCGGCCUUGCACUUCAUCGGAUAUACCAGUGAACGAAACAUCUGAUGAUGAUGAUAUGGAAGGAGAUAUUGAAGCUCUUGCAAUGCCACCCUGUGAAUUUGGGGAGAGAUUUGAGGACACCUAUGAUGUUAUCUUGAUACUGGAUGAUCGUGAAAAUUUUGGGUCCCGCUCAAGAAAAGUUGUUGAUAAUAUACGCUCUCAAUUCAAUAUCUUAGUAGAGGUUAGACGCUUGCCUAUUGGAGAUGGAAUUUGGAUUGUUCGACAUAGACAUUCUAAUAAUGAGUAUGUUCUUGACUUUAUCGUCGAAAGGAAAAAAGUUGAUGAUUUAUGCAGUUCAAUCAAGGACAACCGGUAUAGAGAUCAGAAACUGAGGCUACAGAGAUGUGGACUACAAAAGCUGAUAUAUCUGGUCGAAGGUGAUCCAAAUUCUCAGGAAGCUGCCGAAAGCAUCAAAACAGCUUGUUUCACCACAGAGAUUUUGGAAGGGUUUGACGUGCAGAGGACUGUUGGCUUCGUCGACACUGUCAAGAAAUAUGGUUAUCUUACGAAAUCAAUAACUCAGUAUUACAGCACACACUUUUCCAGGGAGAAUACCAAGAACUCUAAAGUCUGCCCCUCUUACAAUGAGUUUGUUAAGAGGUGUCAAGAUCUUGAGAAAAUGACCAUGAGUGAUGUAUUUGCCCUCCAACUCAUGCAGGUUCCGCAAGUAACAGAAGAGGUUGCCCUGGCUGUUGUCGACCUCUAUCCAACUGUUUUAUCGCUGGCUCGAGCAUACUCUCUGCUUGAGGGGGACAUACGUGCUCAGGAGGAGAUGUUGAAGAACCAAAGCAAAAUGAUUAGUGCAAGUGCUAGCAGGAACAUCUUCAAGCUGGUCUGGGGUUCUUGAUAAGUUCACACCUUCCAAUGGGUUAAACGUUUGCUGCUCAAAUCAGGACAGCUACUAACAACAGUCAGCGUUCUUAAAACCUUUUACAUUCUUUUGCAUGUAGCAAGAAGUGCUGAUUGAUGUAUGCUGACUUUUUUGUAAAAAAGAAAUGUUGUAAGUAAUCAUCAGUGAUAUGGCAAUCGGGCUUCUUUAUUCUGUAA